AUGCUCCAGAAGCAGAUGCCUGCCUGGGUCUCCCACUACCUACCAGACCCAUGCCAAGCAGAAAGCGCCAGACCUUCGGCCACCUGCGCCUUGGAGGAGGGGCUAUCUCCAUGCUACCUGCUUACAGUGAGGGUCAUCCGGAUGAAAAACGUCCGGCAGGCUGAUACGGUGAGCCAGACAGACUGCUAUGUGAGCCUCUGGCUGCCCACCGCCUCUCACGAGAGGCUGAGGACUAGGACCAUCUCCAACUGCCCAAACCCAGAGUGGAACGAAAGCUUCACCUUCCUGAUCCAGAGCCAAGUGAAGAACGUGCUAGAGCUGAGUGUCUGCGAUGAAGACACAGUGACCCCCGAUGACCAUCUCUUGACGGUUCUCUAUGACCUCACCAAGCUCUGCUUCAGGAAGAAAACCCACGUAAAGUUUCCACUCAACCCAGAGGGCAUGGAGGAGCUGGAGGUGGAGUUUCUGCUGGAGGAGAGUGCCUCUCCGCCUGAGACCCUCAUCACCAAUGGCGUGCUGGUGGCUCGACAAGUCUCCCGCCUGGAGGUUCAGGCAGAAUCCAGAAGGCAGAGGAAGAACGGGAAAAGGAAGGACCUCCUGGUAACAGUGACGGAGUCCUUCGAGCACACCCAGCGCAUCUCGGAGUGCCUGGAGCCCUGCUGUCCAAACCCCGCCAGCUUCCACUACCCCAAGUACUUCCAGUCCCAGAUGCACGCGGAUGUGCCCAAGAGCCAAUGGAGCUGUGGGCUUUGCUGCUGUGGUGGGCGCAAGAAGAACGGCCCUGUGAGCCAGCCCCUGGAGUACCUCACCGAUGGCCAGGCCGUGACCCUGCCUGUGGGAGAAAACUGUGAAUUACACAUGAAGUCUACACCCUGUCCCCAGACGUUGGACGUGCGGCUGGGCUACAGCCUGUGCCCCGAAGAGCUGGAGUUCCUGCAGAAGCGCAAGGUGGUGGUGGCUGAGGCACUGAAGCAGGUGCUGCAGCUGGAAGAGGACCUGCAGAUGGAUGAGAUCCCGCUCAUAGCCAUCAUGGCCACUGGAGGUGGAACGCGAUCCAUGACCGCCAUGUAUGGCCACCUGCUGGGGCUGCAGAAGCUGAACCUCCUGAACUGCGCCAGCUACAUUACUGGCCUGUCAGGAGCCACCUGGACCAUGGCUACCUUGUACCGUGACCCUGACUGGUCCUCCAAAAACCUGGAGUCUGCCAUCUUUGAGGCCCGGAGGCAUGCCGUCAAGGACAAGAUGCCUGCCCUGUUCCCAGACAAGCUUCGCAAAUUCCAGGAGGAGCUCCGGCAGCGCAGCCAGGAAGGCUACAAGGUCAACUUCACAGACUUCUGGGGCCUGCUGAUCGAGGCCUGUCUCGGGGAUGAGAGAAAUGAAUGCAAACUGUCAGAGCAGCGUGCUGCUCUGAGCCACGGCCAGAACCCCCUGCCCAUCUACCUCACCAUCAAUGUCAAGGAUGAUGUAAGCAACCAGGAUUUCAGAGAGUGGUGCGAGUUCUCCCCAUACGAGGUGGGCAUGCAGAAGUACGGGGCCUUCAUCCCCACCGAGCUCUUCGGCUCUGAGUUCUUCAUGGGACGGCUGAUGCGGAGGAUCCCAGAGUCUCGGAUGUGCUACAUGCUAGGUUUGUGGAGCAGCAUCUUCUCCGUGAACCUGCUCGAUGCCUGGAAUUUUGCCCGAUCUUCAGAGGAGUUUUUCCACAGGUGGACAAGAGAGAAAGUGCAAGACAUCGAAGAUGAGCCGCUCCUUCCUGAAAUCCCCAAAUGUGAUGCCAACGCCCUGGAAACCUCGGUGGUGAUCCCAGGGUCAUGGCUCUCCAACACUUUCCGCCACAUCCUCACCUAUCGGUCCUUUGUGUCUGAGUUCCACAACUUCCUGCUGGGGCUGCAGCUGCACACCGACUACCUCCAGAACGGCCAGUUCUCCAAGUGGAAAGACACUGUGCUUGACAGCUUCCCGAACCAGCUGACAGGGUCCGUGAACCACUUGUGCCUGCUGGACACUGCAUUCUUUGUCAACUCCAGCUACCCUCCCCUCCUCAGGCCGGAGAGGAAAGCUGACCUCAUCAUCCACCUCAAUUAUUGCGCCGGGUCCCAGACAAAGCCAAUGAAACAAACCUGUGAGUACUGCACGGUGCAGAACAUCCCCUUCCCAGAUUAUGAUGUGCAAGAGGAGGGGAAUAGUAAUCUCAAGGAGUGCUACCUGAUGGAGAACUCCCAGGAACCUGAUGCCCCCAUUGUGCUCUUCUUCCCACUCAUCAACGACACCUUCCAAAAGUACAAGGCCCCAGGUGUGGAGCGAAGCCCUGAGGAGAUGGAGAAGGGCCAGGUUGACAUUUAUGGCCCCAAAACUCCCUAUGCCACCAAGGAGCUGACAUACACGGAGGCCGCCUUUGACAAGUUGGUGAAGCUCUGCGAGUACAACAUCCUGAAUAACAAAGAUCAGCUCCUUCAGGCCUUGCGUAUGGCUGUGGAGAAGAAGAAACUCCAGAAGAGCCAGUGUCCCUCAGCCCCGGGGAGCUCCGCUGAUCCUGCGCCUGCUUCCACCGUCCCAGGUGCAGAACCUGCAGAGCCCCUCUCUGGCAAGGGGUGCAAGCAGACUGGCCCGGGCUUUCUAUCAAAAAAAUAAAAAAUUUUAAAAGCUGAUGGAGACAUAGAGAGAGAAAGAGACCAUAGGAAAAUAACAAGGCAUGGAUUGGGGUUUUAUACCCACUGGAAUUUUUUAGUCUUUCCCUGUAGGGAAAGGGGUCUAAUAGCCACAGGCUCCCACACAUGCAUAAAGUGUGGAGAAUAAAAGUAAUGCCUGAAGAGAAGGCUGGUUCCCAGAAACCUCAGACUCAGAGCUGGAGCUCAGAGCCCUCCCCUCCUGCUCCUCUGCCUCCUGGCAGGGAGGACCCUGGCGAAUGCACAAGAGAACCUGAGAAGCACUCUGGGUUCUCCGGAAACACACUCUAAAAUGUAAGGCAACUAUAUUCUUGUGAAUUUUGUAGGCAAUUCUAUUUUAUUUUUAUGAAUCAAGAUAGUAAUAGGGAGCAUGAUGCUAGAAGAUCUGGAUGGAGCACUAGAGAUACCCUGUUCUCUUCAUCAACAAAGCCAAACAGGUGACAGGUUUCAGCAGCCCUUCGGUAGCCACUCAGCUCCAGGACUGGUGACUCCCAUGAUCCCAAUCAGACGGCCCCAUCUGAGCACUCAGCUCCAAUGAAAUGCCAGGCAAAGCCCAAGUCUGCAACUCAGAUUCAUGGUACAAGAAACUGUGAUGCAGCUCAGGAGUGUCUUGGCAGGUAAAUGGAGUCAGGCGCAAGGUGGGUGAUGCUGCCCAGUGCCACCCACUCCAAGAGGCUGACGAUCACUGACCAACCUGCUUGAGGAACACUUCUCAGUUCUCUUUGCACCCUCCCCUCUGUUUUCCAGAUGGGAUUAUUUAUUUCUAAAUGGAAUUCCUCUUAUUUAUCAUGUAAACACCAUGGCCAGCACAUCCCAGCUCUUAGAGAAUCACCCGAGAGAAUGAAACUAAGAAGGAUCUACCCAGAAAGGACUAGGUUAGCCCUGAAGAAAAAGCCUGCCCUUGGUGAUGGUUUCCAGGUGAAUGGGUGGGAAAACCCUGGGAUGUACAAGUCAAAUCAAAGAAUCCAAGUUUCCUAUCAGGUUGGGAACUUUAAAAAUGUGUAACCAGGUAGAUGCAAGGUAUGACCGAGAAAGGCAUGUGGUCUGCAGAGAGCCCAGCAAACCUGGAAGACAUGUCCCUUGUUCUGGGCAACCAUGCUCCCUAAGAAGUCCUUUGGUUAGGUGACAAGUGGUGACAGGUGCCAAAAGUUUAGAAAAUUUGCCCUCCAAUUUACAUCCUUGCUACUCAAAGUAUGAUAGGGAACUGGUUAGAAAUCUGGAAUUUCAAGCCCUACACCAGCCAUACUGAAGCAAUCUACAUUUUAAGGAGAUUCCCAUCUCCUCUCCCAAGUCCAGAUGCACCACCCUCCCAGGUGAUGCCCAUGCAUAUUAAAGUGUGAGAGGUGGGGACCUAUGCCAUAUGUUCCCAUAAGCCUGGAAAGCAUAGGCAGUUGAGUCCCCUGAGCCACUGAUAAACUGGGCUCCUGGACCUGCAAAACUGGUUCCCAGCCAGAUAAUACUAACCCUGGGAUGCCACCCCUUCCCUCCACUACAGCAGCCAGCUGCCUCCACGUUGACAUCUUUUCCUUCCAUCUGCAAUAAACAGGCUCUCCUUAAAUGAUUGGAGUGAGCCACGCGGCAAGACCUGUUUGUUGUAAGGUCAAGGCAGCCCUGCCUUGGAUUCA